UAGGGGAACACCGAAGGGAAACCUUAGAAGCGCGACAACACUCGACCCAGGGAAAAGUGACACAGCGUAAAAAGAUGAUUGAUGAUCAAGAUCUGGGUUUCUUUGCCAAUUUUCUUGGCGUCUUCAUCUUUGUACUGGUGAUAGCAUACCACUUUGUCAUGGCUGACCCAAAGUUUGAAGGAAACUAGGAACGCUUUUAAAUUUGAAGAUGUAAUUUUCAUGUUGUAGACAGAGAUGCUUUGCAAAUGGAAAAUCAAUUUGAUGUAGUCAAGAGUUUCAAUUUGAGAAUUUGAAUUAUAGGUCUCUACUAAAACUUUCAUAAGCAUCAAAGGAGCUUAACCCUUCAUUUUUUGCUAUACUUAUCUGUGCUUCCAUAAGCUAUGUGUUGCAGUGAAGGAACUUUAAUUAAAAAGUAAAUGAUAAAACUAAAUUUAAAGCUUGGGGGAUUUGGCUAGAUGAUGUGCUACUAUAUUUUGUGCAAUUAUUGCUAGAAUUUAAACUAAUAAGCAAUUUAGUAUUGUAUUUUUUUAUUUUUUAUUUUUUUGCUUCCAGGAGUUUCAAAGUGACCUUUGUUGACUUUCUAUAUUGCAUUCUUAGCAUAAGUAAUUCAGGCUAAGGUGUCACUGAUAUGUUUGCCAUGGAUGCUAGUAUGCUAUCCAAUUUGCCUUGAAGAAUUAGGUAAUUUCUUUCUUCAAGAGUUUAUUGAUGUUACAUCAAGUUUUGAUUUUUCUUUUUGGGUAAUUCAAACAUUAGUUGUUGUAGUUCGACCAUUUUGUUCAAUUGGAUGAUUUGUAUAAGAUACCAGCAACAUGUUAUUGGUUCAUUCAUAGGGCUAAACCUCUUCUAAGAGUCACCCUAAAUCACGGUGCUAGAUUUACUGUGAACACAGCAUUGAUCUUAGUAUAAAAUUCUUUGAAGUUUAUUUGACUUGAGGGAUUCUCCCACAUAAGUAGUUCUUUUAGUUCGCUCUGAAUCUUUACUGUUUCUUUCAUCAAGCUACUGGCGCAGAAUCCCAAGCAACUGUAAUGAAAAAGCAUCUGACCUUUAAACAUGUCCUCAUCUUUGUUGGUAUCGGUUUUGUUAGCCAUCUCCUCUACAUGUUGGAGGAAAGCGCUUGUAAUGUUUUCGACCUCUUCAUCUCCAUUCAAUAUCCUAAAUGCAUUUGCAUUUAGAUACUCUUGUGACUCAAUAUCGCAAGGAAGAUUUAUUUUCUUCAAUUCAUUUUCAAGUUUCCUGAGAGACUUGAUCCUUGUUAUCUCCUCAAGGAAUUUCAGUGUGCGGCCAAUGUUGUCCUUAAAAAUCCGCACAUUCUCAUUCACUCGAUCUUGGAGAUCUGUCCAGAAUGCUUCAUCCUUCUGUGACAAUCGUGUGACAUUUUCCAUUGAGUAUGCAAUAAAAAGCAAGAGAUCUACCAUCCUUGAUAGGGAUUCCAGCAUCUUACUGUAGCAGGCACUAUGAAAUGGAAUGAACCAGAAAUUUGGCUCCAACUCAGCCCCUACAGUGAACUCUUCUAGUUGACACACAAUAGAUUUCAGCUUCUUCUGUCCUUCUCGCAAUGCUUGAUAGCUUGAAGAUAGCAUGUCCCUUUCCCUAGGAGUAAUAUGGGUGAUCCAGUCAAUGCAAUCUUGAAGUGUCCUCAAACUUUGAGAGAGUUCAGAUUUUGCUAAAGUUGCAGCUCUUGAGGGAUUAAAAAGAAUCUCUACGACAACGAAGCAAAGGAGUCCUAUCGCAACCUCGACGAGUCUAGCAAGUGCAAAUUGUAUAGGUGUGUCACUGUGCCUCAUACCAACGACUAAUAAGGCCCCAGUAACUGCCGAAACCGCACCAGCUUGACCAUACAUUCUACUGUACCUAAGAAAAGAAGAGAAAACUACCCAUGGUAGAAGAGAUAUGAACCUUAAAUGCACAAACCUUUGGAGAAUGAAGCAACAAAUUAUCCCGUAUACUGAUCCCAUUGCAGUUCCUUGUCCUCGGGCAUUUGCAACUGAGAAUGUUGGAUGUCGUCCAGUCAUGAAACAGAGGGCGAUUAAGAGUCCAGACCAAUAUCCAUUUUCCUUGUUAUAUGUCAAACCGAAAAACACAGCAAGGCCUAAUGAAAAAGAGCACUUGAAUGCAAAGGUCAAGUUGUGACUGCUAGGGAUCAAGUUCAUCACAAUCUCUUUGAUCUUUCUAGAGUUCCAUUGGCAAUCCACACUUUUUUGAGUUUUUCCGAGCAUGUGAUCAUUUAUCUUUGCAAUGGGCGAGUUAUCUAGGAGAAGAUGUACACAGUAUAAAAAGAACGAGGUGGGCAGAUUUUUAUAGGCUAUGGAAAGGUUUUUGGUCAAAAUAAUUUCUUUCAUCUUUGAAGUUGUGGUUGCAUCAAAAUCAGCGAAGCAAUUAGCUUGCUGAUCUAAUUUUUGGUUCAACUGUCCUCUGCAGUUGUGCAAGACCCCUCUGAGCUCCUCAUCAAUGACGCCAACAGGAAAAGAAGUACAACUAGAUAGAGCAAUCUCCAUUCCUCUAAUUGGUAUCUCCAAGGCUUGCAGUUUUUCUUCUAGGUCAAUCCAAUCGGGGUUGAAAAUUCUUGUUUGAGGCUGUUCCCAGCGCAGGCCAUCCUGUUUGUUGAAAAAACCAAUAUAAAAUAUUUUAGCUCAUUUGCAACUCCUAGAAAAUUAGUUGCUUGAAGCCGUAAGUUCAGCGUUGAUUGCCAUGAUUUAGUCUUACGCACCAGCUUAGUUCUGAUACUCUCUUGUAGCUUGGCUCCUGUGGUAAAGAGAAACUUAGCUUGAUUGGAGAAACCAACGGCAGUUGAGUUGUCUGAGGCAGAGAUGGCCUCUAUGUUGCAAUUUAACCUUUCAAGAGUAUUCUCAGCG